CAAUAAUGAUAAGUGUGCUUUUAUUGUCCAUUUUCUAUAUGGGAUAUUCUCAAAGGUAAUAGGCUAUCUGCAAUUUCGAAGUCUAUCUAGACCUUGAUUCGGAUGAAGAAAUAGUCGAUCACGCUAAACAGAAUGGUACUGAUAUCGUGUUGACAACAUCCAAAUUUAUUUUGUUGGAUGAUGCAUUAAAUAUUUUGAAUACUUAUUCAACUCCUAACAAUGGAACGCACACCUGUAAUCUGGUUUCUGGCCACCCACUCUAUGACAUGUUUUUGUUGGCCUGUUAAUCAGAGGGAAGAUCCCCCUACUUCGUAGCCUACAAAAAGACUUCAAACAGCACCUAUUCAAUUUUCGGUGAAUAUUAAGCCGUUCCAUCAAUAUUAGAGAACUUUAAUAAAUUUGCUAUUAUUGGAAACACAUUGAUCAUCCCACAAAAAAAUAAACUGGUUUUCUUCACAACAGUAAUUCAAGCCACCACUUGGUACAUUCGUACUACUUCCUACAUUUUGGAUGCACAAUUCUUCAAUACUUCAAGCUUGAAUGUUACAGAUUUCAGUUUGUCAUCAUACCAACAAGAUCAACAAACCUAUUACAGAAUCUUAACUUUGGAUUAUGAAAAUGGAGUGUUCUGGGCUGACACAAUAUUCAGAUCAAACAACUUGAUCCCAUUCAACAAUGGAUUCAUCAAUGUGAAAUCUAGCUUUUACAUUUCCUAUUCCUCUAGAUUUAGAUAAGUCGUGCCCCUUAACGUAACUUAGAAUAACACUCAAUUUAUUGUGUAGACCUAUGCUGAUGGUAAUUACUAGUUCGACUACACCACAACCAAUUCCUAUCUCUACUUAGUGACAACCUUGAAUAGAUAUAAGGAUUGGAACCCAUUUGCAUCAGUCAGAACUCAAAGUUCCAUAGUUGUUAUUCCCUAUUAGAACUAUUAGAAAACUGUUGUGAUCAGUCUGUUUAACAUCGGAUACAGAUCAAAUGAUCAACAGAUGAACUUAAAGUAAGAACCAACAGAUCUACUCAUUUCAGCUUCAGUAGAUAGUUUGAUUCUGUACUUCACAUCAGCAAAUCAAUUGGUAUACAGAAGCGAUUUCGACACUCUGACAUCAUGCACCUUGUCCAACUACAAUGUUGAAUGAC